AUGUUUUCAUCAAAGAGCAUUUAUGCUGGCCUCUCGUUUACCUUCCUGGCACUCUCGUUGGUGCUCCUCCUUGCGGGCCAACGUUUUGAGCCAAGCGACCUGGAAUGUGCCAAGAGCGUGUCUUCAUGGUCUCCUGCAUGGGACGCAGUUGAGUAUACCUGGCAAACGUUUCAGAAUGGCUUUUCUCAAAAGUCAAUCUAUGUUGGGGUUCCAACCGUAGAGCUUGAAGAAGUGUGGAACGCUUCAUUGCAGCAUUAUCCCAUUGUUAUCCCAACAAAGAAAUUGUCAGGUUUAGAUGAUGCAGAGACUCAAUUAGUGCAGCCAGAGAGCGGCAAUGGCGCUUUGGCCUAUCUUGAGGUCUUUAGAAAUCUGGGAUGCUUAAACCUUUUGCGGCAACACACAUACAGGGAAGAGUACGACUACUCUUACUUGGAUGCAUUCCAAGGUACGGAGGAGCAAAUAAUGGCUCGAGUUGACGGUUGUGUGCAGAGGCUUCGGGAGGUGCUCAUGUGUUUGGGCGACACAACGCCAUAUUUAAUCAUGUUGACCCCAGAAAAGGCCCAGAAGGAGUCGCCGGAUUUUAACACGUUGCAUAAUUGCCGCAAUUUUGAUAAGAUUCUAGAAUGGACGAAGGAGAGAGAGAGUACCACGCUGCAUAAGGUGCCAAAUCUGUAUAGUGUCAGCCUCCAGUCCUCUUUUCCUCUCCUUCAUACCUCUGCUAUAUUACCAACUACGGACCUUAUCAACGACACAUUGCAUAUCAACAAGAUGAAGCUAGGAGAGGGCAGUAAAUUUUGUACCUCGGCUUUCCUGCCAUUUGUCGGCGGCGGACUUCUAGGAUCCAUCAUCACCCAGGCUGUAAUCCCACGAGCAAAUUGGCACUCGUGUCAGCAACUCGGUCUCGAUGCAGCAACACGGCCUCCCACUUUAUCGACACCUCCACAGGCACCCCUAGACAUUUUCUGGGAUAAUACAGAUCUCUCAACCCACCACAUGGUACGCACUAAUGGCACGUUCAAUCAAUCGUCUCCUUUCCGGGGCCCACCCACAAAAGAAGUUGAUGAUGCGUGGGGAAAAUAUUGGCAAACUUGGACUUUCAGCGUGGAUGAAGAGCAAUUCAAGGCCUCGAUGCCACAGUUUACAGAAGAAGCAGUUCGUCUUGACGACGGGCGCUAUCUAGCGACAUUUGAAUACACCCACCAGCUACACUGCCUGUACAAUCUCUUCAGAGCGUCAUACAUGGACUCAUAUCCGGAUGAGAAAGCCAGUUACGACGAGAAUCCCCAAGAGUGGCACGGACGAGUAGACCACUGCAUAGAGAUUUUGAGACAAAAACUGGAGUGCGACCGCGAUACGGGACUCGUUUUGUAUGAUUGGGUCAAGGGGAGGAAAGCCCCUACGGCGAACUUCAACGUCGCGCGUAUGUGUUAUGACUGGGAGCCUGUAGAGAAAUGGGCACAGAGCCAUGCGGUUGAUGAUUUCCCGGAGAAGCCAAAGAACGUUGUGCAACUCUCUAGAAUUCCAUAA